AUGGAAUUGCAGGGUAAGCUGCCAUUUGCGGCUGCACAGAUUGGUUCCGGAUUCCGAAAUGAAAUUUCGCCAAGGCAAGGGUUGAUACGAGUUCGCGAGUUUACGAUGUGUGAAAUCGAGCAUUUCGUUGAUCCGAAUGAUAAAAGUCAUCCUAAAUUUGGUGAUGUUAGAGAUUAUGAAUUGGUCCUUUUCUCAGCGUGUAAUCAGAUGGAUGGUUUGCCUGCGCAGACAAUCUCGAUUGGCGAAGCUGUCGAGAAGGUAUCCUUUUUGUUCUAA